AUGGCGGAUGUAAUGAAAAUGUCUCGCCUGUUGUUUUGUGUAUUUCUCCUUUUUGCAGUUUCUGUCCUAACUGUCUCUUCCUCCGAUGAUUUCGCCGUCGACGAAUUUGGAGAUUCCGACGACGAUGAUUCUGUCCUUGUCACCGUUGAAGACGAUGAAGGAUUUCACGAGCUGAGGAAGAAGCUCUGCCACCGCGCGCCGCCGCCGCCGGCGGAACUCGACGACGGAGCUAUCGAUUCGUACGAGGAGCUCGUUCGCCGCCACUGCCGCCGCCGUCGCGCUCACUCUCCCAAAUCUGCCAAACCACCGAAGUCUCACCACCACGCGCCGCCGCCGAAACACUCGAUGCCGCCGAAGUCUCACCACCACGCGCCGCCGCCGAAACACGCGAUGCCGCCGAAGUCUCACCACCACGCGCCGCCGCCGAAGCACGCGAAACCACCGAAGGCUGAUUUUGAUUUGGAAUAUGAAACGGUCGAGGAAUUUGUGUAUUAA